GUGAGAAGCAAAAAAUAAGUAAAGUGCGAAAAGUGAAGUGCGAGUGAGUGAUCCGUGAUCGCAAGCGAUUUCGAUUGGAGCGGCAGCAAAAGAAGCGCCUUUUCCCUGGGAGUUCGCUGGAGGGAGCUCGGAAAGCUCUCUACAGUUCUCUGGAGUGGACAUUGGACGGAGUGAACGUGCUAUCGUGUCCAGUCCAGUGUCCAGUUCAGUGCAGACCCUCGGAUCGGCAACGGGUUCAGUGUCCCGGCGGCACCUGUCGCCCAAGCGCAAAUGGUGGACGUUAAUUAAAUGUCAACAGAUGCAGCAGGCGGGCGCAGAGGAAGAUCCCAAUGAAUUGGAGACGAAAUUGUGCAAAAACUUUGAAUAAAUCAUAAGAGACUUGGCGGAGGGGACAGACUCAAGACUCAAGCAACAAUAAGGAGCUGAGAUACACAAAGACGGGGAGAAAUAACCAAGGAAAAAUGGUUAAUGCGGUGAUGGAUGCCAUAGCGCUGCUCAGCUCGCUGGCCAGCGAUCUGGACAUAAUGCUGAACGAUCUACGAUCGGCGCCAAGUCAUGCUGCCACCACAACACCAGCAACCACAGCGGGGGCAGUAAUGGCAGCGAAUCCACAGCCACAGCUGCACCAUCAUCAUCAGCAUCAUCAUCAGUUGCAGCAACCCAUCCAACUGCAGGCGGCGAGACCUCAUCAGUGGAACCACAACAACAACAACAACAACAGUAUCAGUAACAAUAAUAAUAUUCAUAAUGUUAACAAUAAUACUAAUUCACAUCCCUUUGGCCUGAUGGACAUCAAGCUAAAGUCCGUGCGAUCGGCGGCCACAACAGUGACCGCAACAACGGCGGCUUCUAUGUCCACCACAUCGAAUCAACUGCAGCUACGCCGACGCAUUGCUCCAAAGCCACUGUCACGCCCCCCUAGGCGUAGUCGGCCACUGGAAAAGAAGCUGCCAGCGAGGGAGGAGCAGCAGCAGGACGAGGACGCAGACACCGAUGCCAGCGAUUUGGCCAAUAGGACAUCGCCGUUGAGUGCAAGUGCGGCGGCCACAAGGAUUGCUGGCCUGUCGCCGGAAGUAAAAAAAGUGCAACGGCUACCGCUUUGGAAUGCUCGCAACGGAAAUGGAAAUGGAAGCGGUAGCGGCCACGCUGCCCACUUGCACUCGCCUCUGGCCAUGCAACGUCGCCUGCCCGGACAAGGCCAACAUCAUCAACGAUUCCAUCAUCAGCGUUUUCAACAGGGAACCAGCGAACCACUACCAUCUGUGGGCUCCACCACAGCCUCGUCCUUGGAGGCAGCCGCCACUGUGGAUUCCGCAAUCAGCAAGAACAUCAAUAACAACAUUCAUCACAAUGGCGGACAAUCACAGCCACAGAAAUCUCAACAGCAGCAGCUGAGUGUCCUGGCCAAGGCCAAUCUCAAUAAUAAUAAUAAUAACAACAAGAAUCCGAAUAGCCCGAACGGAUUAGUCAGCUCCAUGACAUCCGCUUCGAAUGUGGUGAAUCAAAACCAAAAUCAGAAUGGUGAUAGCCGUCGGAGCAGCAGCAUGGAUCCGGAUGCAGAUGCAGAUGAUGUGGUGGAUAUGGCCCACAAUGGAGGAGCCUUCGAAGACGAUAUGGAGGCUUUGUUGCCCAAGUGUUCGCGACGCUCAAGGGAUGAGCUCAGUCAGUCGCGCACGUCCCUAGUGUCCAGCUCCGAGGGCGGCAUCCUCGCCGAAGGCGAAACAUCCAGCGAUGAUGGCGAAGAGGAGGAACCGGUCGAGGCCGAAGAUGAGGAUGAGGGCGGUGAGAGUAGCCGUGAUGAUUCCAGUGACAAUUCACCGCCAUGCGACCUGGGACUGAUGGAGCGCCUGCUUCUCACCCAUCCAAUGUGGUUCCUGCCUGGCAUACAACGUUCCGGAGCCGUGCAUCUGCUCCAGGGCAAGGAGGAAGGGACCUUUAUAGUACGCGGUUCCAGCCAGCCCAAUACCAUGGCCGUUUCGGUGCGUUUGCCCCAGGAUACGGGUCCCUAUAUCGAACACUAUCUCAUCCAGUCGCAUGACAAUGUUCUCAGCCUCGAAAGCUCACGGUUCACCUUUGGCUCCAUUCCCUCGCUGAUCGCUCACUAUGCCCAGUGCUGCGAUGAGCUGCCCGUCCAGCUAAUGCUGCCACGGGUCCUGCGGGAGGCCAACAACCGGAAGAAACUCUCCUCGCUGGCGCUGCUGGGCCAGGAGUUCUGGAGCUACGCCAGCAGUCCUGCUCUCCUGGGACCACCGACGCCCACGGUGGCUCCAUUAUCGCGGGAUCAGCAUUUGUUGGAUGCCAAAUCCCCACUCUCGUUGACCGAAACCAGUGGCCUGGGUACAGCCACCUUCUUCAGCGAUGCUCUGACCAAGCCACCACCCACAGGAAGUGCUCCUCCGCUGCCCGGCGGUGGCAAUAGCAGCAGCCUCUUCAGUCCCACGGGCAGUGGCCAGCUGCUAGGCUUCUUUAGCCAGGCAGGCACACCCUCGGAUACCACCAACUCCAGCCUGAGCUCGUUCACCACCAGCGGUGGCCAGCAUUUGCAGCUGUUGAGUCCGAACUCUGUGGAUUCGGUUAUACUAACCAUGUCGCCGGUGGAUAAUCCGGGACAACACUAUCUUCCCAGCUCUGGCUCUGGAUCGGGAUCAAUGCUUUCAUCUGCCAUCUGUCCGCCAAGCGUGGUCGACCAGCAGCAGCAGCAGCAGCUGAGCACCUUCAAGGUGAUUCAGGCCACGCCGGAAAUGGAUCAAGUGCGUCCACAGCGACCCAAGCCACCAAACACAUUGAAUCUCAAGCCGCCAGCACCGCCACUGCGAUGGUCCAAGCCUCACUCACCGGAUCAGAAUGGAAAUGGGAAUGGAAAUGGCAACUUUACAGUCACCACAACGGUCACCUUUUCCAUGGAGAAUGGUGGAGGAGCAGGAGGAACCCCAGUCGCCGGGAGUGGACAGACAGCAGUGGGAAAUGGCAGCGGAAAAUUUGUGGAGGUAACCACGCCGGCGGCUAGUAAUCCAUUCAAUGCCCUGCUCAACGGCCAGGCCAGCACCUUCCAGACCUUUGCCAAGCGCCUGUCGCCAGAGGGUGAGUGCAAGGACACGCUAUCCUCGCAGGGCUCCUCCUCUAACGACAGUCGCUGGCAACCGCACCGGAAGCUGCUCGCCUCACCGUUGACCCCUCUAACGCCCAGCGGCAGCAGUGGCAGCGCCGGCGGUGGUAAAUCCCGAAAAUCCCGAGCGGGCAAGGAGUCGCAGCACUACAAGGAGUCGGACAUCCUGGAGAGCCCGCCACUGCAGUACUGUGCAAGUGCUCUAAGCGACAAGAUCAGUGACUACGAGGACGUGUGGUCACACGAUCCCAGCGACCGGGCCAGCCUCCUGACCAGCUUCCGCCCUGCCCUGGACUCUGUUGGAGGCGUUAUGAACCGCAGGCCGGAUCUGCUGGCAGAGACACCGAGCACUCCCACGCCAACGCAACAGCAGUCAGCGCACCUGUCGCCCUGCGAGGAGGAAGCCGCAGCUGCAGCCACAUCCCCGCACGAGAGCUCUAGCCAACAGCUGCUACAGUUCUCCGGCGAUGCCCAGCCUCGCUCCCGAGCCGGCCUGCUGCUGCCCAAUCUCAAUGGACAGACGCCAGCGGCCACAAUGACUCAAUCCCUUACAGCGGCCGAAGAUGACGGCGGUGACACUACACCCACAGCCGAGGGACAAACUCCUGGUGCCGGUCGCAGUAAACAGGGCAGCCCCUUCUAUGCGGAACCGGCGGAUGCAUUGCGUCAGGCAGGCCUGACCAGCGCAGCCACCGCCAUUCUGCGGCGACAGCAUCGCAGCCAGAUGCUGCACGCCAGCCAGCGGCAUUCGGAACCACUGAAAGCUGGCUUUGGGGGCAGCGGCAACGGACCCCUGCUGCAGCAAAGCGAUCUGGAGAAGCUAGCCGGCAGCCUGGAUGAGCUGAAGCCCAAGCCAAAGGCUAACAACCAGCAGUCGCAGGCGCAGCACCAGCAGCAGCAGCAGCAGCAACAGCCCACUAAGCGGGCAAGGAAUCGCAUUGAUCACUGGCAAUUGGACAGCAGCUGGGAGUUUAUGGCCAAGCAGGAUACCGGCAGCAGUGCUGGCGGUGAUUAUGAUGCGGCGGCCAUUGACUGGCAGGAGAAGGAGAACUCGCUGGGCAGGGACAGCAGGGAGCAGGGCAAGAAGCGCACGCUCACUAUCCACCAGAUUAUAGCCAAGCGCCUGCCUGAUCUCAAUCUGCCAGAGCUCGUUCGUUGCUCUACACCCCUGCAGACAGCAUCAGCGACAGCGACGGGCAUCGCUCCGCUUCAGCCGCUGGCUCUGCUCGGUCAGGAGAAGAUCGGACUCGGCUGCGAUGGCAGCCAGAAGUCAUUCCAAAGCCAGAACGGCUGCCGACUCUCGUCCUACGACAAUGUCUUUUGCCAGAACUCGUUCAGCGGCAUCGAUUCAGCCCAAUCCGACGAUGGGACCAUAUUCUCGGAACCCUGGGAUUCGUCCCAAUGGGACUCCUUCCUGCCACACGACGAUGCCACCAUCAAUUCGGAUACUAUACAUCUAUCUAAAUGCCGACCCGCUCUCUCUGAGGACGAUACUAUUGUCGAGGAACUACAAAGCACCAAAGACGGCAGCAAUGGUAGUUGCAACCAGGACACGCUCAAGGCCAAUAGGAAUGGUGGUGGUGCUGGACACCAUCAAAAUCUGAAUCACAACAAGGCCAGCAACAGUCGACCCAAGGUGGCCACCAUUCUGAGGAACCCCAGCAUGCGGGAUCGUGAAGUAUUAUGUCACCCCCGCAACAAGAUGAAUAUCCAGAGCAGCGGCCCCGGCGACUCCCUGCGAGCCUACACCCUCCAGCUGGCCCAGGAUCCUAGCUCCACCUUUGCCCGCAACAUUGAGAACUUUAUCUGCUGCACCAAGGAGUCCCGCGAGGCGGCACCCCAGGUGGUGAUGCGUAAUAUGCGGCAAUUUAUGAGCGGCAUGAAGAACUACCUGGUGAAGCAUGGCGAGGGCAAGUUCCAUGCCGAGUUGGAGUCGGCGAGGGCACGCCUCAAGGCGGACGAAUUCCUCAACCUGGACAGCAUGCUGGAGACGGUGAUGCAUCAACUGGUGGUGCUACCGCUCCGAGAGCAUCUAUAUGGGAUCUUUGUGGAUCACUAUCAGCGCAGCGAGGACAUUCAGCUUUUGGCCCAGAAUGUACGCUAUGCCUGCGACCGGGAGGCAGCCGAUUUUGGCAUACGUCCCACGGUAACACCGCCCUCCCAUGCCGCCCUGCGUCUGAUCUCCAACCUGUUGCUGCGCCUCCAAGAAGCCGAACUGCCCCUGGACAAGCUAGAGCUCUUCCUAUGCGUCAUUUCGACGGUAUUCGAUGCCACCGGCUGCCCGCGUGGCCAGCAGCUGGGCGCCGAUGACUUCCUGCCUGUCCUGGUCUAUGUUGUGGCCAAGUGUGGCUUUGUAGGAGCCGAAAUCGAGGCGGAAUUCAUGUGGGGCCUGUUGCAACCAACGCUGCUCAACGGAGAGCCAGGCUACUACCUCACCGCCCUCUGUAGCGCCGUUCAGGUGCUGAAAACAUUUAUGGCCUCGGAGGGAGAGAGCGGCAGUGGAUCCCUGGACUGGCGAUCCAGCUGCCUGCCCGCCUGCUCCAGCGUGCUGCGUGUCAUCAUACCCGAUGAAUGCAACGGAUCCCUACAGACGCGUACACUGCCGGUGCGACCGCACACAACGACGCGUGAGGUGUGCCGCAUUAUAGCGCAUAAGGCGAGGAUAACGAACCCACAGGACUAUGCCCUCUUCAAACUUGUCGAUGGUGAGGAGACCCUACUGACGGAUGCCGAGUGUCCACAGGAUGCCCGUUUGGCUGCCAAGGGGAAGCAUUGCAUGCUGGCGUACAAGCGGAUUGAUGCCAAGAUCGCCUGGCCCACAGCUCAUCAUUGAGUCACACACACACACACACACCCCAACCCCCCCACACACACACAAAGAGAGAGAAAGAGAGCCCCUGCCCUGCCCUACUUGCUCACUAACAACCAAGCAUAUUUGAUUAAUAAUUUAUUAUUAUUACAUUAAAAUAUACUUAGUAGCCUGUAAGUAAAGCUAAUUAAUGCUAAUUAGAAAACAUCUAAUGUGUACUAAACAUCAGUAUUGAGUUAA